AUGAGUUGGUUGCAGACCGGUCAAAAGGUGUUUGUAGAAGAGCGGGAGACAAGACAUGCCGAGAAACUGCACGAGUACUCCCGAAUACCAUGGGAUGCAGUCUACAAUGUAAUGACAAUGGGUAAAAUUGGAAGCGUUGCCAACAUUUCCGAUGACUGGCAAUCAGCAGUAGUGCGAUUCUACCUCUGGUCACGCAGUGAUGAAUAUGGAGUCUUCAGUGAAUGUCAAUUGAUGGCCAUUGACGUCAUGUGGCACGCUCGAGCCCUUCGACCAAUCUAUCAUAUUCACUUCGAAGUGGGAGAUCACGCCGUAUUGGAGCAAUCCAGCGAUGAUGGACACAAUGACCUUCAUCUGGUCACUGUACGGUCGAUAAUGAACUAUAACCCGGAUGGACAGCUAUUUUGUCUCGAAUCGAUAAGCAAACAAGUGUUCUUCUGGUCUCAAGAAGAGCGCACUGCCGACGCUUUACUUCCCAUCUACACCGAGAGCGAUUUGGGGCCUAUGUCCCGUGUGCUACGCGAGAAUACUGAUCCGUCCAUCCAAUCAUGUGCUUACCGACUACGUUACGGAAACUGUCCAGCUUCUGAAGGCUCUCAACUGAUUACCGCAGUUGUCAACUGGAAUAAAAACGAUGGCGGUGCUGCUCACUUUGCUUAUGUGGCGCAAAAUCACUUCGAACAGGUGGUUUUGGAAAAUGUUCCUGAGCCAUUAUCAAAACAACCUGCAACAGUAGCUGUGUUUAAUUGA